CUUUGGUUGAAGUGACUGUUUUUAAAUACCAGAUCAAUACUGCUAUCUGGUGGCCAUCUGGGGUAAUACAAGUAUCAGCUUGCAUUCUGAUCUAUUAAUAAUUACUGCUGAAGUUGUGUUUGAGCAACAAGCAUGUGACUGUGUCCAUAAAGGAAGGACAUUUUAACACACACGUUAACACUAACGUUUGACAUAAAAGGAAAGCGAGACUGAUUUAAAUUAUGAAAGUUUUUCCUUGACCUCUGCUUGGACUCUCUGUGAAUCACACCAGUUCCAGUGAAGGGUGCCAUGUCAAAGGACACAUUUCCGUUCACAUCUACCUCACUGCGCUCUCUGAGACUGGAGCAGGAGCUUCAGGAGUGGGAGGAUGCUCGGCGAACGUUGGCUCACAGGAGAGCCAUGACCAGGGCCCCGCUGCCCCGGGCCCCCAGACCUCCUCCCAGGCAGCAGCAGCGGCUCCAGGAGGUCCGGGCCCCUCCAACACAGAUCCGUUGCAGAGACACGGCCGUCCACAACACCUUCAUGUGCGGGGACAUGAGAGGAGUGUAUGCGGUGCUGAAGGACCCCGCGAUGGUCAAUGCCCUGAUGGAGACGGUGCAUGAGGAGAUGGUGUGGGCUCCAGAGAUGGGCAUGUGGACGCUGAGCUCCAAGGUGAAGCAGACUUCAGCAUUACGCCUGGCCGCCGGCAGAGGACACUCAGGAUGUGUGGAGGAGCUGCUGUUUCGUGGGGCCGAGGUGAACGCCGACCCCGGAGGACACACGGCCCUCCAUGAUGCCUGUAUGGGGGGUAACGCUGUCUGUGUCCAGCUGCUGCUUUCUCACGGAGCAGAUCCUGACCUGCUGGCUGCAGACGGCAGCGCUCCUCUUCACCUCUGCACCUCCGCCCAGUCAUUCCAGUGUGCUGAGUUGCUGAUAGACGGAGGAGCAGAGGUCAGCAUCAGGAUGAGGGAGUCGAGGGUCACAGCUCUGCAUGUGGCCGCCCGGCGAGGCCUGGAGGAGCACGUGGAGCUCUUCCUCAGCCACGGAGCGGACGUGUUAGCCACGAAUCAAGAGGGGGAGACGCCUCUGAACGCUGCCUGCUCCGCCGCCGAGAGGCCCUCUGAGGCCGGCCGCUAUCUACGUGUGAUUCAAAAGCUGCUGGGUGCCGGAGCUGACCCCAGAACUGCAGGCAGGAAGCAGCACACCCCUCUGCACAACGCCUGUGCAAACUGCAGCCACCAGAUUGUGAACGUCCUCCUGCAGCACGGAGCCAAGGCAGAUGUUGCCAACUGUGCCGGAUACACACCACUUGACUGUCUGCUGCAGGUGGUUGAAGAUUACCUGGGCCAGCAACCGGAAGCAAUAGCACGGUCGCUUCUGAACCACGGAGCUCAGCCUGUUUCACCAAAGACGUUGAAGCAGUGCGUCCUCUCUCCGGCCACUCUGGAGGUGAUGCUGAACUCGUACACCUCCAUCCCUCCCUGUGAGUGGAUGGACUCUCUGUCUACUGAGAUAGACGAGGAGCACCGACCUUUCUUUGACUUGGUGCGUCAGCGGAGCGGCCAGCCUCGUUCUCUGCAGCAUCUCUGUCGAUGUGCUCUACGCCUGCUCCUCAGAGGCCGGUGUUUCCCAGCAGUCAGUGACCUGGACAUUCCCAGCACUGUGAGGGAUUACCUGCUGCUGAGUAACGAUGGGACGCUCCACUGACUUUAUGUUGUAUAUAUACACAUUUUUAACUCUUUGGAAACAAGAUUUAUUUUAGAUUACAGCUACUUUUUUUUAAACUAACACUUGUUUUUGUCAACUUGAAAUACUUUCAGAUGGAGUUUCUGUAAGAAAAUACAAAUAAAUACAACUUUACCUCC